AUGAUACCUCUACUGAACAAGCCAUUCGAGGCUCUCUCGGGCACGGUGGGAUCACCUCCGGAUGAGCUAAAAAUCAUUUUCUCGUUUCUGCUCUCGUACCCUCUCGCUGGUCUGCUGAAGCGUAUACCAGACGCAAAGCCGGCUUACAAGAAUUUCUUCAUCAUCGGAACCUCCUUGUUUUACCUCGUCGGGCUUUUCGACCUAUGGCUCGGCCUCCGCACCAUUGCCAUCAGCUCUAUCGGCAUAUACUGCAUUGCAAAGUACCUGCGGAAGAGUCCGUACAUGCCAUGGCUCGGCUUUCUCUUUCUGAUGGCUCACAUGUCCGUCAGCCAUAUCCAGCGCCAAAUUCAGAAUGAUCCAGCGGUUGUCGACAUUACUGGCGCGCAGAUGGUGCUCCUCAUGAAACUGAGUGCCUUUUGCUGGAACAUUGCCGACGGUCAAAUUCCAGAGGACCAGCUUUCCGAUUUUCAGAAAGAGCGAUCUUUGAAGCAUCUACCCAGCCUCUUGAACUACUGUGCCUAUGUCAUGUUCUUCCCCUCUCUUCUCGCUGGUCCCGCCUUUGAUUACGUCGAUUAUCAGCGAUGGAUUGACACAACCAUGUUCGAUAUUCCUGCGGGCGUCGACCCGUCCAAAAAGCCCCCGUCGCGAAAGAAGCGAAGAAUCCCUCGGAGUGGUACUCCGGCUCUCCUCAAGGCCCUCACUGGUCUCGUCUGGGUUGGCCUCUUCGUCACCCUGGCUGGCCCUUUCAACCACGAAGUCCUGACAUCGGAUUCCUACAUGCAGAAAGGCUUUCUCAACCGCGUCUUCAUAAUGUAUGCAACUGGCGUCGUCACACGCCUCAAAUAUUACGGAGUCUGGACCCUGACCGAAGGUGCCUGCAUUCUCGCGGGUCUCGGCUACAAUGGUGUCGACCCUGUAACAGGCAAGGUUUCGUGGAACCGGCUACAAAACAUCAAUCCUAUCGGGGUCGAGACGGCGCAAAAUCCAAGAGCAUACCUUGGCGGAUGGAACAUGAACACGAAUCACUGGCUGCGCAAUUACGUCUAUCUUCGCGUCACCCCUCGCGGCAAAAAGCCCGGCUUCCGAGCUAGCUUGAUCACCUUUGCUACCAGUGCCCUUUGGCACGGCUUCUACCCUGGCUACUACCUCACCUUUAUUCUUGCCAGCUUGGUCCAAACCUCGGCCAAACACUUUCGACGCCAAGUCCGGCCAUUCUUUUUGGAUGCAAACACGGGAGCACCGACCAAGAACAAGAAGUACUACGAUUUGGCCAGUUUCUUUAUCACGCAAGUCACGUUUGCCUUUGUGACCAUGCCAUUCUUGGUGCUCAGCUUCCGCGGCUCUCUUUUGGCAUGGUCUCGCGUCUACUUUUACGCCCUCAUCUGGACUCUUGCCUCGCUUGCCUUUUUUGCUUCCCCCGGAAAGGCCCUGCUCAAGAAGCAACUCGAGAAGCGACAAGGAAAGGCCCACGCGAAGCUUGUCCGGUCACUCAGCACUGACAGUCUCACGGGCAGUCAUCCCAUUCUUGGCAUUUCCAAGGACCCCGAGAGAGACAUCUCUGAGGCAAUGGAAGAGAUCCGCACUGAGGUCGAGGCGCUCCAAAAGAAGACCUCGUGA